AUAGAAGCAGCCUGCUGUCGCCGUCAGGUCAGCCGCCGACGUUACACCGUCCAGCUGAGCCGUUGCCGAAGCUAAGCGCGAGCUGCCUGGCUCCGCUGCUGGUGAACGCGGAGAAAUCGCGGCGGGCUAUUGUUCGCGUCGCGCGAACGGCCGAACCGGCUAAGAAGAAGGAGGAGGUGGUGGCGGCGGACGAGGAAAGGGGAGGAGGAGAGGUACCGAAGAAGCACUGCGGCGGGCGAAAAGUAUAAUAUCGAGACCGUGUGUGAGAGAGACGUUGCGGGCGCCUUCGCGCGGUUAGCGCCUGCUCCUGGUCUCUCGGCCCUCGGUUUACGAGUGUGUCGUGUCAUACGGUGUGCGGUGAAGUUAGUUGCAAGUGCCGAAAAUCCAUCCGUCCGCGUCGCGCCGAAGAGGGCCGACUUCACCCCGUUUCUCUCGCUCCAUCGUCAAGAUUUCUUGCGUCGCCCUCACUCUCGCGCGUCACUUCUCAUCCUCCCUAUAUACGAGGGGAGGCAAUUCCAUCGCGCCGGAUAAAUUGCCGAAUUCGCAUACGUGAAUUACUGUUGUUGAGACUGUUGCUGAUUGUUGCUGAUUGUUGCUGAUAUUACUGUGUGUGACAGCGGGACAGUAUGGCGGGACAGACGAUCAACGACAGGCUGCUGGCUGCGAGGCACAGCAUCGCUGGCCAGGGCCUCGCCAAGUCUGUUUGCAAAGCCACCACGGAGGAGAUGAUCGGACCUAAAAAGAAGCAUCUUGACUAUUUAAUCCAUUGCACGAAUGAGCCGAACGUCUCCAUACCGCAGCUCGCUAAUCUCCUGAUAGAACGCUCGCAGAACACAAACUGGACGGUGGUCUUCAAAGCUCUGAUCACCGUGCAUCACAUGAUGUGUUACGGCAAUGAGAGGUUCACACAGUAUCUCGCCUCCAGCAAUAGCACGUUUCAGCUUAGCAAUUUUCUCGACAAGAGCGGCGUACAAGCAGGAAUACGCGUGGGAUAUGACAUGUCGCCGUUCAUCAGGCGAUACGCCAAGUAUCUCAACGAGAAGGCCCUCUCCUACAGGACAGUAGCGUUUGACUUCUGCAAAGUAAAGCGGGGGAAGGAGGACGGUACUUUACGCACAAUGAACGCCGAGAAACUCCUGAAAACUUUGCCGGUACUGCAGUCCCAACUCGACGCGCUACUGGAAUUCGAUUGCACGGCUAACGACCUCACGAAUGGCGUCAUAAACAUGGCCUUCAUGCUCCUCUUUCGAGAUCUUAUCCGGUUAUUCGCCUGUUAUAAUGACGGCAUCAUUAAUCUGUUAGAAAAAUAUUUUGACAUGAACAAGAAACAAUGUCGGGACGCUUUAGAUCUCUACAAAAAGUUCCUCAUACGUAUGGAUAGGGUCGGAGAAUUUCUGAAAGUUGCGGAAAACGUCGGCAUCGAUAAAGGUGACAUACCAGAUCUAACGAAGGCACCGAGUAGUUUAUUGGACGCCUUAGAGCAACAUCUUGCUUCUUUGGAAGGAAAGAAGGGUUCCGCCGCGAACACGCCGACGCAAUCAGCAAGCAGCAAUAGAACCAAUGUAAAGUCGGGAGUGUCCGCCCUGUCUUCCACCAGUAACGCGUUCGGAACAGUAGCCAGCAAUGCGCGACUCGACCAAACCGGGAACGGCCAUAUCGACGAGGCACUGCGACAGCAAGCACUUGCAGAAGAGGAAGCCGCCAUGAAUCAAUACAAGGCAAAAGUACAAUCGCCAUCGAGUACUAGCACAAAUCCUUUCCUCAGUUCACCAACCAAUAAUGCCAAUCAACCUAUCGUGGAUUUGUUUGGUACAGCAAUGUCCGAAAAUCAGCAACAAGUUUCGCAAAAGGCGUCGGAUGAUCUGCUGCAACUGGCGGGAAAUCCGUUUGCGAACAUGUUCGGGGCGCCGCAACCGGCCGCACCGGGCACGCAAUCUGCCAGUCAGAACAACAUGUGGAUGAGCAACGGUACUGGUUUCGCGCCAGCUGUGCCACCAGCAAAUAAUAACUUUGUUACAGAUAACAACUUUUCCUCCGUAUUCGGAAAUCAGGAUCAGCAAUCUACUGGCGUCCCAGGAACGGCCGCGUCCGUACCUAAUCCCUUCAUGUCCGAUUUCCCGUCCCUCGGUACCGCCGGCAGUCAACAGACGGCGACAAACGCGGGCGCCUUCGGGUUCUUCGAUCAAAACGCCGGCGGUGUUGUUGGCGGCAAUGCGAUGAAUGAAUCAGCACAUGCAGGAACAACAACAACAACAGCGCCAGGCGGAGACCUCUUCAGUGCCGGUCAGGCGGAUCUCUUCGCGGGGGGCGACGGGUCCGCCGCGAUGCUGAAAACUGCUACAAAUAGCGACGGGGACGCCGCGGCGGCCGAGGUGGUAGCGUCGACGGCGCCUUCAACCGUCGGCAAGAUAUCCUCUACUGCCACGCCGCCACCUAGACCACCGCCACCCGCGACUGCCGUUGCUGCUGCAAACGUUGGUGAUGUACCGCGUGCACUAUCUCCGACCAUUAGCGGUGUCGGCGGAGUGUCACAUGGUAGACCAGCGGCAGCGACGGCGGCGGCCCCAGGCCCCCCCGCUAACAAGAGCGCAUUCGACGAUCUCAACGACAGCAUUCGCAUGGCACUGGGCGGGUCUCCGUCGCGUCCAGCGCCGAUGAUCCAGCAGCAAGCUGCGAUGACCGCCCAGCAGCAACCGCUGCAACAACAAAUGCCGCCGGCGGGUGCCGGUAUAUUCAGCGGUAUGAACGACGCCGCCGGGCAACAAUCCAUGAUGGCCGGCGCGCCGAUGGUCGGCUACGGUAUUCCUACCCAAGCCCAAGUCCCCGUGGGGUACGGCUCGCCGGCAAAGCAGCCGAUGUCAGCCGCGGGGCAAACAGUUAGCGCAGCUACCACUGGCAAGGUUUUGACCGGAGACUUAGACAGCAGUCUUGCUAGCCUUGCGCAAAAUUUGACCAUCAAUAAGAGCGGACAACAGCAAGUAAAAGGAAUGCAAUGGAACUCACCGAAGAACGCCGCGAAAAUAGGUGGUUCAGCUGGCGGAUGGUCACCUCAGCCAAUGGCAGCUACCACUGGUGCUGGAUAUCGGCCCAUGCACCCUUUAGGUGAGUGUGAUGCAUGCACACCGGCAUAUGGCAUGUUACCGGCUGUGUUACAGGGCCAAGGAAUGACGCAACUUCUACCUACAACUACCACCACUAUGGGCUUCCCUUCGCAACCUGCGAUGAUGGGUAUGCAAGGUAUGCCGAUGGGCAUGCAGGGUAUGCAGGGCAUGCAGGGUAUGCAGGGUAUGAGGCCGAUGAUGUGUACUAUCCCAGGUGCUUCCGCCGGCGGCGGCGGUAUGAUGGUUGCGGGAGGAGCUGCGCCGAUGAUGGCUAUGCCCGGCGCAAAUCCCAUGAUGACUGGUCCUAAUCUGCAGCAGCAACAACAGCCGCAAUCUCAGCCUCAAGCCGUUGUUGCACCCGCUCAGCCACAAGGCAAUGCAGUUCAACUCGAUCCCUUUGGUGCUCUGUGAAGGGAUUAGGAUUUCAAAUGGAAUUAAGAAGACGGAGCGGAGUUUUGUAAAUAUCAUGUAAUAUGCCUAGAAAGAGAAAAGAAACAAGGAUAAUGUGUCUCGCUUAUUUCCGUUAAGCUUGACCCGAUCACGAUCUUGAAUCAUUGAUUGUCUUGAAUCGUUUCACUGUGAAAUAUGAUCGGCAAAUUGUAUCAUACUUCCUGUAAUAUGCUCACCGAGCAACAUGCAGCACGCAUUACUCCAAUAUAAUGUAUGGUUUUCCGUAAGCAUUGGUUGUGGUUAAAAAUAUGUCGUUUAAACGAAUAUCUAUCUCUCUUCUGGAGGAGUCAACAAAGAGCGAUCGAAUCUGAAUUUCUUAACUUCAACCAAUGUUUGUGGGACACAUAUAAAACACGUAGAGGCGUUUUUUUCGCCUUGUAAAUCCGUAGCAGGGCAUAAAUUAUGUAGCUUAGAUGAAUUAGUUGUUCCGGACGCGAGUUGCGUUUAGAAUGACACGAACGUGCGCGUGUGCGGUGAAUAUCUUCCUGAUGAGGAUGAACUGUGAUAGUAUUGCGCUCGUAUUAGUAAGUGCAACGAGAAGCGCAGUUUUUCUUCAUUGAUACGUCAAGCAAGCCUAUUAUCGAAGAUGCAUUUUCUAAGUUCGAUGAAGAAUUUCCGUAAUUACAUAGCGAUAUUUAGGUAAAGAUUAAUUUUUACGUUUGAAAAAGGAGAGGGGAGAUUGUGUGUAAAUGAUGGUGCGUAAAUUGACAAGAGCGCAUGAUAGAUAAAUAAAUCGAUAAAGAGCACUCCCGGUGGUUCGUCAUGGUUCUAAACGUAAUAUCGCGUUAAAUUAUAUACACACGUAGCUGACGAUUGCACGUAUACCAAUGUUAAUGUUUAAACCGAUAAAAAAAGCGCAAAGCAGGAAAAAUCGAAAUAGAGAUUCGCACAUCAGGCACAUAUAUCCUCGUUGUAAUAUAAUAUAAUAUAAUAUAAUAUCACAGAAUUUUGUGAAUGUAUGGAUAUGUUGUUUCGGGACGGUGCGAAGAAGAGAGAGAUAGAGUUUUGAGGCAUAUUCUUUUUCUGUCGAGAAAAGUAUUAAAUAUUAAAUACGAUAAAAGAUAUACGAUAAUUAUUAUAUAUGUAUAUGUAUAUAUAUAUAUACACACUCAUAUACAUAUAUAUGAAACGAAUAGGUGGACUCAUUAAAUGUUCUUUAUCCGUGUACUGUUCGAGAAUAUCUUAAUUAGAUAAUUAAAUGAAGUAUGUUAAAACGAAUUAAGGUUACGCUCAUACAAAAUAAUCACGAAAUACAACAACGUGGAUGUACGUGGUACUAUUAUGCAGUCAAUAUCCUAUUGCGGUUGUUUCGUUUUGGGAUUUUGUCGGCACACACUCACGAUUCUCGUCAAAUUAUAUAAAUGUCGUCGUAACUGAGGAAAUGAAAAAUCUAUCAAUGUAGCAUGUAUAUUGUAUUUACGUAUAAUCGAUCGAUUAUUUAUCUGCGAUUUUUCUCGCUCGAAUGAACAAAUGGAUCGUGACUAAAACAGGAACGAAUUAGACAAAAAUUUGACGAUAUUUACGCAACAUACGCAUUACUAGUCGAUGAAAGUCUGUUCGAUUUUCGUUAAGGCCUCUCUCUCACACACACACAUACACAUACGUAUAUUACAGGAUAAUACUUUAUGAUAAUGCAUUAUCGGUCGCAAAUAUUUGCCCUCAUUUCUAGAAUCUCCUCUAAUAUCUUUUUUUCGUAUUUUCUUAUUCAUUUAUCAUUAAUUCUGCAUUGAGGACUAACACAAGACUGAUUCUUCCAAUGUCGAUUAAUUCUAGAUUGACUAAUCUUCCCCAUUUUGUUUCUAGAUCACAAUAUUCUAUUAAUACAAAUAGUAAUGAACAAUUCAGAUUACAAUUAAUGUUACAAAUAAUGUUAACCGACAUUAGCGGAAUCGGUCAAUUAUCGAGAGAGACUUUGGCUGGCGCGUUGUAGGUAUUGAAUUUUUCGCCGCGAAUCUUUUCUAUCAUUGUUCUUUUUAAAGGUAACACAUUAUUGAAUGUGUGAAUCUUUCUCAUUCUUCUCAUCUCGAUAUUUUUAUUUUUGCUGCGCGUACAUAUAUACUUGAUAAGCAUAAAUAUAGAUGUACAUAUAUACACAGAUAUAGAUGAAAAAAAUUUUUCCGUGUUGUCUCGAAGGGAACGAUAUAUAUUAUGUAUAUCUACAAAACCGAUUUUUUUUGUGCGAUGAGAAAAAAUUUAAUGAAACAUCAUUUCGGGCGGAUGCAGAUGCGAGGCGGAGGAAGCGGCCAGAUAUAUCUUCGGGCUUAGUAUCAACGAAUCGCUUCCCUUCAUUCGUCGAUGUACAUUUCCGUUCGUCCGCAUUAGGUUCUGACUGCGCUCUCACUCUUUUCGCGAGCGUAUCUUUUAUAGAAUAUAAUAUAAACGUAUAAGAUCCUUCUUUUUCUGAGAGCGCACGUAACAUUAAAUUAUCGCUGCUAGGACAGUUAGUUAGUUAAUCUGUAAAUCGGUAGCUUCGAAAGAUCACGCGAGUUCUUCAAAGAUAGCCCCGGUAGCUUUAGAAUGCUCGAGUUGGUGGAAAUUAAUAUCAUUAAAUAUCAUGUAAUAUACAUUAAUAUAAUUAAUAUUAUGUAAUAUAUAUUUAUAUAAUUAUAUAUAUAUAUUAUAAAUAUAUAUAUUUAUAUAAUAUAUAUUAUAAAUAUAUAUAUAUUUAUAUAAUAAUAUUAUUAUGUUAAUAUUGUUAUAUUAUUAAAUUAUUUAUCGGAUAAGCAAGGACAAAUUUUGUGUCGUUUAAAAUAUAUAAAAAAAGAAAAAUCUUUUUUUUAAUAAAAUUAGUCUUCUAUUAAAAUAAUUAAUCUCCUCUUGAAAAAAAAAAUGUCUUCUCCUUGUUGUAUAAUAUCGCUUCCAAUCAUUUUUUUCUUUAUUUUUUCUCGAUGAAAACCGACAUAUUCGUGUCUAAAGCUACCGGUGCCGCCGAGCGUAACAGGACAAUAUUACGUAUAUAUGAUUAUCGUAUUAUAGAAAGAUGUAAAACGAGAUAAUCCAACUAUAUUCUAUCUCUCUCGCUGUAAACUAGUAAGAUAUUCUUGUCGCAACUUCUUAUCGGCUCGCAUAAUUAAUGUAAAACCUUUCGGCCGCGUAAGAAUACAUACACUGUAUAUUGUUAGUAUUUAUAGAAUGGAUCUUAUAUAUUUAUCGAGAUUAAGACAGCCGAUCGGUCCGACGAGCUAAUAAAAAUUUUAUUCAUUCCGGAAACGAGAAAGAGGGAGAGGAAAAAAUGAAAAAUCCCUGUGUAUUGUAUUUCCAACAUAUUUUCAUCGCGAUCUAAUAGAGAUGUCUUCUUGUUGCUCCAAGGACGGCUCAUGCUUCUCAUGUUUGCCCCGAAAAAACGAAAGAAAAAAAGAACUCGAAGUUUCCACAGGGAGAAAUUUACUGUUAUUUAGUUUUAACGUAAUCUCAUCUAUGCUUGUAUAUGUAUCAUUGUAGUAUAUAUAUAUAUAUAUAUAUAUAUAUAUAUAUAUAUAUAUAUAUAUAUAGAGAGAGAGAGAGAGAGAGAGAGAGAGAGAGAAGAAAAAAGAAAAAUUCUGAAUUAUAAGACGAUAGUGAAUAAUUUAAAUUCAGAAUGCGAGAAUUAUUUCGAGACAAGCACAGACGUACAAACACCAGACGUACACGCUCAUACACGAUAUAUCGUGAUAUUAAUCAAAUGUCUCAAAAAUUAUUUAAGGAGAAAGAGAGAAGAAAGAAAAAGAGAGAGAGAAAGAGUCAUAUUAUAUUUUAUAAAAUUCAAAAUAUCUUUUUGCUCUAUAAUGUAAGAUAUAAGUUAUAAAAUUUAUUCCAAUACAUCUCUGCUUAUUCUUCUUCUUUUUCUUCUUUUUAUCAUACUAAAAAAAAAAAGAAAAAAUGUAUAGAUUUUUUUUGAACAUUCGAUUGCAAUUUUGUGAGUAACUGUAAGUAGAGGGACUAACUGUUGUCCAGUCGAUUCAUAUUAUACGAUGCGUUUGGUAAAAUUGAGACAAGUUCGUCAUCAAAAUCAUUUAUCUUGUGAUUGUAAUAAUGAUAUUACGCGAUGUAUGCGUGUAUGUAUGUAUAUGUGCGUACUGCGUGAUGUACUACUAUCGUUGAUUCGUGAUGCUGAUUAUUAAUAGCAGUGUUUGUACGAUGACCCGCCGAGUGUCAUCGUUAAAUCGGUUUCAAUAACAGGGCAGAGCGAUAUCUGUAUCGUAUGUGAGUGAGCGCGUAAUGACGAUAAUGCCUUCUCGUUGUACAAAUGUCGAGGAAAAGAUGAAGAGGAAGAGAGAAAACCACAAAAAUCGUAAUAUCACAAUAUCUUUCGCGGCAUAUAUUUACAUUAAGAUAUACACACACACAUAUAAAUCAGCAUAGUGUUUGCUGUAAUAAUAGACGAAAAAAAAAAUGAAAGAAUAUGCAUAGAGAUCCGUAGAUAAUGUGCAAAGAAGAUGAUAUAUAUAUAUACAUAUAUAUAUAUAUAUAUAUAUAUAUAUAUAUAUAUAUAUAUAUGUAUGUAUGUAUGUAUAAAUAUAUAUGGUCGUGUGUGUGCGACAUGCAAAAAGUAUAAUCGAGUGGUGACUAGAGUCGCGAUUUGGACGGGACUAAAAUAAAUCAAAUGAAUAGUUUAAUUAGCAUGAAUUAGCAAUUAAUAGCAUAUAAAUCUUAUAUAAAAAAUUCUCAUUUUAUUUUAUAUAUUUUUAAUUAAAUUACAUGUAUAUGUUUCAUACGGAAUGUCUCAAAAUCACGAGACGUCUUUUCGAAUCAAGCUACAAAGAAAGAAAUAUAAAGUAUAUAAAUAUAAUAAUAAUAUUUCUUUUAGCUUUCAAUUAAUUUUAAAUAAUUUUAGAAUUAGGUUCUAUAAUUACCAAGAUAUUUAAAGAAAAUAUAUUUGCGCGAAGAAAAUGAAAAAUUUACAACUAGUUAUAAAUUUAUCUUUAUUGUAAAUUUGGAAAACUUAUAUUCUAUGGUUCUGGUAAAAAUCCAACGUUCAUACAAAAACGCAAUCAAUAUGAUUGCGUUACUUAUUAUAGCUAUUAUUUUUAAAGCAUGCGCGUAAUCGUCGCAAUAUCGAUUUUUUCAUUACACCACAAUUGCAUGAAUAAGUGGAAAAAAUGGAAGCUUCUGCAGAAAUUCAUGCGGAAACUCAUUGUGUGUAGCAUCGGUCUCGUCCGAGUCGCACGACUGCAGUCGUCACGGCCGGCUACUUUCUCGUGCUUGGCGGCUGUCAAAAACAAGCGCGAAAUAUAUCACUAUCCUCCAUUCAAACAAUAACGAAAGGGACCGCUCUACUUUCUAUAGUGUACACGGCGUUUAAGGUAGCUUGCGACGAUUAUCAGAUUAGAAAGAUAUAUAAGAAGAUAAAGGCGGCGUUGUUUCUCCGAGCGUUUGGUGUUCAGAGCUGAAGAAAUCUUUACUUCCGUUUGUUUGCGACCAGCGUUAUUAGGGACGAGAAUGAGAGAGAACGGAUGUUAAAAAUGACAGAUACAUGUUUGUGCAUCGCGGUACUAUUUAUCGGGGAGUAAAAAAUCGAUCUAAUCUCGGAGAAUCUGAAUCUCGAUGUUGUAUAAUCAUCGCGAAAAUUUUAUUCUUAUCCUAUGUAUUUAGAGGAAUAUAUAAAUAAGACACACGCUGCAGCAUCGAAAUUUUAUUUCUUCAAGAUUACAUUCGGUCUUUUCAACUUUCGCUAUUUAUGCUUAAUGGUAUAUUUGUUACGCGCGCGUUAAGAAUUUUUAAUUAUUAAGGCUGCGCGCUCUGAGUUAAGUUUGGCAUGUUUCUCCCCCUCGCGACACAUGAAUAGCGGUCUUGAGAAUGGCGUGAGUGAUGCCGUGGAAGGAACACAUUCCAUGUUUUUCUCCAUUUUGCGGCGAUGCACAUUAUACGUUAAUUAAAUGAUUUUGCGAAUCAAACCUCCGA